UAUUACAUGGUUAAGAAACUCUUAGAGGAGAACAGCUCAGGCGAAAUGAACAUAAACUGUGUGGAUGUGCUCGGACGAAAUGCUGUUACCAUAACCAUUGAAAAUGAAAACCUGGACAUACUACAGCUUCUUUUGGAUUAUGGCUGCCAGUCAUCGGAUGCACUUUUGGUGGCUAUUGACUCAGAAGUGGUGGGAGCUGUUGACAUUCUACUUAAUCACCGACCAAAAAGAUCCUCCAGACCAACUAUUAAACUAAUGGAACGCAUUCAGAACCCAGAGUACUCGACAACCAUGGAUGUGGCACCUGUCAUUCUAGCUGCUCAUCGUAACAACUAUGAAAUUCUCACCAUGCUAUUAAAGCAAGAUAUAUCAUUACCCAAGCCUCAUGCUGUAGGCUGUGAAUGCACGCUCUGUACUGCAAAGAACAAAAAAGAUAGUCUUCGACAUUCCAGGUUUCGUCUUGACAUUUACCGGUGUUUGGCCAGUCCUGCUUUAAUCAUGUUGACAGAGGAGGAUCCAAUCCUGCGAGCUUUUGAACUUAGUGCAGACUUAAAAGAAUUAAGCCUUGUUGAGGUUGAAUUCAGAAAUGAUUAUGAGGAGCUAGCUCAACAGUGCAAAACCUUUGCUAAAGAUUUGCUUGCACAAGCACGGAACUCGCGGGAGCUGGAAGUUAUUCUGAAUCACACAUCUAGCGAUGAACAUGUAGACAAGCGAGGAUUGUUGGAAGAGAGGAUGAACUUAAGUCGCUUAAAACUUGCAAUCAAGUAUAAUCAAAAAGAG